AUGUCGAAACUGCAGCGCAUCCAGCAGAACCCGAACAGCGUCGGAGCCGAGCUUCAGGAUCCCCGCUUCCUUCAGGUGAUGAGUGUGUUGCUAGGCAUCGAUAUGAGCUUCGGUGCUCCCCCUGAGGCCGCCGGUGCCGCCGGUGGUGCCUCCGCGGCCCCGGAGGCUGAGGACGAGGAAAUGCCCGAUAUCCGCCCUCCCCCUUCGCAACCCAAGAAGGCGCCCGAGCCUGCCCCCGAGCCCGAGCCCGAGGAUGAGGAAACCCUCGCCAAGAAGAAGGCGCAGGAGGCCGGAGAUGCCGAGAAGAAGAUUGGAAACGACUUCUACAAGAAGAAGCAGUUCGACGAGGCCAUCGAGCACUACAACAAGGCCUGGGAGCUGCACAAGGAUGUCACCUAUCUGAACAACCUUGGAGCCGCCAAGUUCGAGAAGGGUGAUCUGCAGGGCACCAUCGAGACCUGCCAGAAGGCCGUGGAAGAGGGCCGCGAGCUCCGGGCCGACUUCAAGGUCAUUGCCAAGUCGUUCGCCCGUAUCGGUACCGCGUACGACAAGAUGGGCGACCUCGCCCAGGCCAUUGAGUACUACAACAAGUCUCUCACCGAACACCGCACCCCCGACGCGCUCGCCAAGCUCCGCGCCGCCGAGAAGGCCAAGGCCACGGCUGAGAAGGAAUCCUACAUCGACCCCGCUGAAGCCGAAAAGGCUCGCGAGCUUGGUCAGAAGAAGUUCCAGGAGGGCGACUGGCCCGGUGCCGUCGAGGCAUUCACCGAGAUGACCAAGCGCGCCCCUCAGGAUCCCCGCGGUUUCUCCAACCGCGCCGCUGCCCUCGUCAAGCUCAUGGCUUUCCCCGGGGCCGUUCAGGACUGCGACGAGGCGAUCAGCCGCGACCCCAAGUUCAUCCGUGCGUACAUGCGCAAGGCGUCGGCCCUCAUGGCCAUGAAGGAGUACAACAAGGCUCUUGAUGUCUGCACCGAAGCCUCGGAGCACGACGACGGAUCGUUUGCUCGUGAGAUCGAGCAGCAGCAGCAGAAGUGCCUGGACUCUCAGUUCAGCGCUCGCGCGGGCGAGACGGAACAGCAGACCAUGGAGCGAAUCCAGAAUGACCCUGAUAUCAUGGCUAUCCUCCAAGACCCCGUCAUGCAGAGCAUCCUGCAACAGGCCAAGACCGACCCGGCCGCUCUGCAGGAGCACAUGAAGAACGCCCAGGUGCGGAUGAAGAUCCAGAAACUGAUGGCGGCCGGUGUCAUCCGUAUGGGACGGUAA